GAGACGACCACAAAUCAUUUGCCUCUGCUCCUGGCGCACAAAUGAUCCUGCGCCGUCCGAUCCCAUCGCGACGGUCUCAAAGCACCUCGGGGGACACCACCCCCACGGCACAGCACCCGCUGCUGCACGGGCCACACCCCCAAUAAAUAUUGCCCAGCACAGCGCAGCACACAGCUCACGCCUGACGCCGGGGCCGGGCCGUAGCCAUCGCCCAAGCAUUUUUCUCUCCACCACCACCACCACGCCAACGGAACGAGCACCACUGCGAGACGCCGAGUCCAAGCGCCAAUGGCCACGCGCACCACCCACGGCGCCGCCGGGGACGACGACGUGGCGGAGGCGGCGGGGACCACGGGCCCCACGCUCCGCCACCGCCACGCGGGCAAGGGCGCGGAGGAGGCCGGCAAUGGCGGAGCCAGCCCCGAGGACGCCUCGGUGGAGCAGGUGUUCGCGGACAAGGCGGUGCCGUCGUGGAGGGAGCAGCUCACGCUGCGGGCCUUGGUCGUCAGCGCGCUGCUCGCCGUCAUGUUCAGCGUCAUCGUCAUGAAGCUCAACCUCACCACGGGGAUCAUCCCCUCGCUCAACGUCUCCGCGGGACUGCUCGGCUUCUUCUUCGUUCGCCUUUGGACCUCCGCCUUCGAGCGGAUGGGCCUCAUCGGCCAGCCCUUCACCAGGCAGGAGAACACCGUCAUCCAGACCUGCGUCGUCUCCGCCUACGGCAUCGCCUUCAGCGGUGGGUUUGGCAGUUAUCUGUUCGGAAUGAGUGACACAAUAGCUAAGCAAGCAACAGAGGCUAAUGAUGCUUGGAACAUCAAGGAACCUCACCUCGGAUGGAUGAUAGGCUUUCUUUUCCUCGUCAGCUUUAUUGGGAUUUUUGCACUUGUGCCCAUGAGAAAAAUCAUGAUUGUCGACUACAAACUGACCUAUCCAAGUGGCACAGCAACUGCUUAUCUCAUCAAUGGUUUUCACACACCUGAGGGUGCCAAGCUUGCAAAGAAGCAAGUGAAGAUAUUGGGCAGGUACUUUAUGGUUAGCUUUUUCUGGGGCUUUUUCCAAUGGUUCUUCAGUGGUGGCGAUGACUGCGGUUUCAAGAACUUCCCAACAUUAGGCCUUGAAGCUUACAAGAAUAGGUUCUACUUUGAUUUCUCUCCUACAUAUAUUGGGGUUGGCAUGAUCUGCCCACACAUCGUGAAUGUGUCUGUUAUUCUAGGAGGUAUCAUCUCGUGGGGUAUCAUGUGGCCUCUCAUUGGCAAGAAAAAAGGGAGUUGGUACCCUGCUUCUCUCCCAGAAUCUAGUCUUCAUGGGCUGCAGGCUUACAGGGUUUUUAUAUCCAUUGCUUUGAUUCUUGGGGAUGGAUUAUAUAACUUCGUCAAGGUGCUUAUCCGCACAAUUGCCGGCUUCAUAUCAAUGGUUCAGAAAAAUUCGAAAGCCAUGCUUCCUGUUUCAGACAAUGGCAGUCCCACCGCUGAAGCUAUGUCCUUCGAUGAUGAGCGUCGCACUGAACUAUUCCUGAAAGAUCAAAUCCCCAUGGCGGUUGCAUAUGGAGGCUAUGCCGUGGUUGCUUCUAUAUCUAUCGGAACUCUUCCUCAGAUCUUCCCGCAGCUCAAGUGGUACUACAUUUUAGUUGCCUAUGUGGUAGCACCUGUCCUGGCCUUCUGCAAUGCCUACGGAAGUGGGCUUACUGAUUGGUCGCUUGCCUCCACCUAUGGCAAGCUUGCUAUCUUCGUCUUCGGUGCAUGGGCUGGCCUUGCCAAUGGCGGUGUGCUUGUAGGACUUGCUGCAUGUGGUGUGAUGAUGAGCAUCGUGUCAACUGCCUCUGACCUGAUGCAAGACUUCAAGACUGGUUACUUGACUUUGGCAUCACCAAAGUCCAUGUUUAUCAGCCAGGUGAUAGGCACAUCAAUGGGUUGUGUCAUUUCCCCCUGUGUCUUCUGGCUGUUCUACAAGGCUUUCAGCGACAUCGGUACAAGCGGCACCGAAUACCCAGCACCGUAUGCCAUUGUGUACCGAAACAUGGCGAUAUUGGGUGUGGAUGGCUUCAACACGCUUCCAGCGAACUGCAUGACUCUCUGCUACAUCUUCUUCGCUGCAGCUAUUGCCAUCAACCUGAUAAGAGACUUGACACCGCACAAGUUUUCGAGGUUCAUCCCGCUCCCUAUGGCAAUGGCUAUACCUUUCUACAUAGGAUCGUACUUCGCAAUCGACAUGUUCCUGGGCAGCUUCAUACUCUUUGUGUGGGAGAAGGUGAACAAGGCAAAAGCAGAUGCCUUCGGACCUGCUGUUGCUUCAGGGUUGAUCUGCGGAGAUGGGAUUUGGACCCUGCCUCAGUCAAUUCUUGCCCUUGCCAAGGUGAACCCCCCCAUUUGCAUGAAGUUCUUGACAAGAGGAGACAAUGUCAAAGUGGACAAAUUCCUUGGUGGCUAGUCAUGGUCAGUCGUGGUCUUCUAUGGAGGACAAGGGACAACCGCAAGCCACGGCCACGCAUCAGCAUCAGAAUGUAAUUACAGCCACUUCCCAGGACACUUGUUUUGUAGGCCAGAAGUUAGGUCCAUGCAAGCGAGAAUUAUCCGUAUGAAUCCAAUUUCUGAAACGAUUGUAGCUGUUCCUUUACAAUGUAAAAAAAGGAAGAGGAAAAGACUCAAGAGGCAGAACAACAGAUUAGGUGUAGCAGAAUUUCACAUUUUUGUCUGUCUUGUGUAACUAUGGCAUGUUGUUCUGCCCGGUAGGCUGCAAGUUGUGUACUUGUGAGUUGUGUGACAUGUUCCUACAGAAAGCGGGUGCUUCCAUUACUGAGGUUACAAUGCAA